AUGCUAGCAAACAAUACUUCCAUUGAUCUGCGCUUUCAAGCCGGAUCAAUGCCUACCUCCCUUGCAGACGCCAUAGACUCAGACUCUCGCUCCAGCAGCCUUUCGGACAUAGACGAGACACUCUCACACGGCCAGCUAGACGACCUCUCACCUCGUCCGUCAAAGUUUGCAUCCGAAAUCGACUCCGAGGCAGAAACCGAGCGCUUAGAGGACUCGCCACACCACAUUCGUGACCGUGACAAGGCCAGUAUCGUCCUUAGCGGAGUUGGUGGCGUCUUUGCCAGUCCGAGCAAACUAGCACAGUCCACGACAUACGACCAGCUCAACGAUGACGAGGAUGACGAGGACGAAGAGGCUGAAGACACAGAAGUGUCACCUAGUAAACCUGGGCGGUCGGUGAAGACGAACGGCACAGGCAAUGGCAACUCUUUCGGCGAGAAGGUUGGCGAGCUCAGAUCCAGUAAGCUAUCAGGCUCACAGGAUACACUAAACCUGAUAAAGAAGCGCAAAAGAAUGAACUCGGCGCAUGACCUUGCGGCCGUGGCCCGAGAUGAAGACGGGGAAGAGCCUGCCCGUAAGCGCCGUGGGUCGAUCGCCAUCGAACCUUCGGCAGAUGACGAGUCAACUUAUCCUCCCGCUCCCCAAUCGCCAGAAGAAGAGGAAGAAGUCGAGGCCGACGCCGACGCUGAACCCGAAGCUGAUCUCGAACCUGAAGCCGAGGGUGAUGAUGAGAUGGGUAAAUCGAAACUGAACCACGCAGAGGCUUCGAAACCCACCAGUCCCAGCCCGGUAUCGGACGAAGCAUAUCUGUCUCCGUCAACCAAGCGAGGUAAGAAAGGGAAAAGAGACAAAAGACGAGGUAAAAAGGUCAAUAACGAUACAUACGAAACCUCAACACCGCGCGCCGGGUCUGUGGUGGAGAGCAAUGGCGUAGACGCCGCGGACGAGCAAGUGGCAGAGGAGACAGUGGCAGACGCUGGAGAUGAUCCAGAGGUAGCAAUGAAAUUGGAGGAGUUAACGAAGAAAACCACAGCGCUUGACCUUUUAUCCGAUCUCGAACGGCAUUUUGCGACACUACGGGACAGAAUAUACGACGAACGAAUAUCGAACAUCAACAAAGAACUCUCCCAGCUUUCAUCUCCAACUCCAACCCAUCCCGAAUUUCUUCGCCAAGCCGCCAUCAUUCAAUCUCAUAUCACCGCUAAAAUUAAUCAUGAAAAUAUCCUGCACUCCUAUAAACUACAAGCUCUCUGCGUCAAAUCCCGCGCUGAACGAGCUCAAUGCAACUCAUCCUACUACCAAACCGUACGCGAGAUCCGCGAAGCUGCCCUCGAUGCCGUGUCUGAACACCAGUAUAAAGUCCAACACGACAGAUUUGGCGGAAUCGGUACAAGUAAUCCGGGCGCUGGAAUCUGCUCUGGUGCUUAUCCUAGCCUGAGCGGUCCCUCCGGAGGCGUGUUGGCCGACUCCGCCUCAGACGCGGUGACGGAGUAUACCAUCCCUUUCCCGACCCGUUUAAGCAAACAGAUUGCCCAACAGGCAGCAUAUAACCGAGAGGUUUCGGUAUUAGCUGGGUUUGCAAAAUACGUUGGCUUCCCUGCUGCGCCAUCUUUAAAACCUUCAAGAGGUCCGGAGAUGGAAGAGGAUCUUGAGAAGAUGGGCAUACGCCUACGGCGGUAG